AGAACUGGGGUGAUUAGUUGGCGCUGCGGCGGCGGGGGCCAGCGCAGUCUGGAGCGGCCGCCGGCGAUGCCUGACGUGGUGUGAGGAGCGGCAGGAGCGCGAUGGAGCGGGCCAGGGACCGCUUACACUUGAGAAGGACCACGGAACAGCACAUACCUGAGGUGGAAGUCCAGGUCAAACGGAGGAGGACGGCCUCCCUGAGCAACCAAGAGUGUCAGCUGUACCCGAGGCGAUCCCAGCAGCAGCAGCAGCAGCAGCAAGUACCUGUGGUGGACUUCCAGGCGGAACUGAGGCAGGCUUUCCUAGCUGAGACACCCAGAGGUGGUUAAAGCAAUCUUGGGACAUCCCAGGUAGCUUAUUCCAAGCGAAAACCCAGGUUAGAGCUGAUGCAGCCAUGAUCAGGAGUACAGAAAUCCUUAAGAAUAGGGUUUUGGGAGGUAAAAACAAACUUCUUUAAAAGCCUCAUGCCAUAAACCCUUCUCAGGAAGUCUGUAACGGUGACAGCAGGACCUUAGUGCUCUUGCACUGACACCUUCGUCAUGUUUCUGUAUUCCAUCUCAUUGUGCUGCAUGCCUUCUGGGUAGUUUUCAUAUUUAAUUUAUAUUGAUUUCAACUUGAUACGAAAAAAUCACUAUGAAUGGCUGCUAAAUACCCUGCUAAUGAAUGUUUUAGAAUUUGCUUUGGUAAGACACUUGAUUUUUUCUGCUGAUAGCAGAAAAUUGCAUUGCAUGAAACAGUUAUUUCCUCAGAUGUCCACAUGCGCAAAUAAAUCAAAUACCAACGCAUGAUACGUUUUCUAAAUUUAUACAAAGUAUUAUUUAUUUUAGUCCAUCUUUAUUGCCUUGAAAAGUGGAGUGCCAGAUAAAAGCACUUUGUCCGUCCUAUGUUACUGUAACUUAGGCCUUCUGAGUUACAAGUUCACAUCACAUUCAUUAGCAAAUAAAAAGCUAAAUAUUUUCCCAUGCUUAUUUACUAAUUAUUCCUUUUUGGUGUGUCUUUUUCUCACUUUUUGUUUUCAUCACUGUAUUUCAAUCAGCUGACAAUGUAAUAAAGACUUGAUGAUUUUUCA